AUGACGAGUAGAAUACAAUCAACUCGUCGCCGUAAGGAUGUCAAUCGUCUACGAGGCCAGUCUGCUAGAAGUCGUUCUAUAGUUAUUCCUGAUCCUAUUCGUCAUUUUCUCUCAGAAUCGCCGAUAGACAGGAAGACUCAUGAGCAGUGUUUUAGUACAACCAGUUCUUCACUGAGUCAUUAUAGCUACAUGGAUAAUAAUCACAGAUACAGGUUAACUCAGGGUCAUUAUAGCGACAUGGAUAAUAAUCAGAGAUACAGGUUAACUCAGGGUUAUAUACCGGUCAACACCAACCGACAUGCUGCAUGUUCAGGUCCACGGCCCAUAGAUAAUGAAAGACCGCGAACAAGACACCGUAUGUUAUCUGAAAAGACAUUAUCCAAGUCAGUUGCCUACUGUCCAGACCUCACUAAAGGAGAGAAGCUGUAUUUAUACAACAUAUCCAGAGUAUAUAGCACUAAGAAUAUGCACGAUAUCAACCAAAGAAAAUAUGCAACAGUAUUAAGCCAAGAGGAGCAAACGGGUAGAUACAAACAAAGAGACAUCAACAAAUAUUGGAAUUAUAUUCGAUCACCAAGACAGACUAGUUGGGGUUCUGGAAAAUCUUCUUUCACACCUACGAGAACUAAAUCUGCACCACCUGGUAAACGACGGACGAAAAAAAUUGAAAGACCCCAAACUAGAAUGGAAGAAUUAUCAGAUUAUGAGUCACAAGACACGCCAAGAGGCACCCAAGAAGAACAGGCGUCAAAGAAGAAGAAGGGAAUUAUUGAGACUGUACUGGCUGAACCUGAAGAUCGCAAGAGUGAAACUGGUAGUUAUCAUAGUCGUGGUAGUAAAAAUUCUAAUACUUCCAAAACCAGACGCCGUAGAUCAUCAUCAAGGGCAUCCAGUAGCUCUAGCUCCAGAAGUAGAUCAAGCUCGUCAAGUUCGAGUUCCCGUUCCUCUCGCCGUUCUUCUUCGAGUGAUACAGAAACCAAACACAAGCGCGCCAGUGAUGGUGAGACAGUGGUUCAAAGAGCUAAAGAUGAAUCCCAAAAUAAGGAGUCAGACACACAAGAGAGCCGAGCUACUGAUAAUGAAAUGACAGGACGGCCAGAUGCUAGAGCGUCAGACACUGGUGUUAAAGAUACAUCUAGAAGAAAGACAGAAGCGUAUUCAAGUAUGCCGGACAGUCGGGGAAAUGAUUCACAUUUAAGAGAAGGUCAUGGAAGACCGAAAUCGAGAUUUGGAAGAAAGGAUGCGCACAAAGAUGAUGAUGAUGAUUCAGAUAGUAUCAGUCUAACGAGUAAAUCCAGUUCUUCCUCUUCCCAUAGCUCCAACGCUGAUAAAGCAAAGCCUACCAAGACAUCCAAGAAACCCAUGGAUAAAAUCGAAGAGAAAACAAAGAUUGAAAGUACUUAUGCAACAACAACGGAAGCCAAUCAACAAAGGGAAUGUGAUACGAGCGUUUCAGAGUCCAGAGAUUAUUCUCAAAUCACUACGACCACUGAUCAUAGUACCAGUGUUUCAUGUAAACACGAAUCUGAAAGUUCUCAAAAAGCGACGGAAUCUAAGAAGAAAACUACCAAAUCUAGAUAUAUGGAGAGUCGCAGAACACGGACAAAUUCAGAAAGUAGCCUCACACAAUCUAUUUCCAGUAACAAAUCUUCGGACAAAAAACCAAGGCAAAGAAAAUCCAGUCGCACCAGCAUUAAAAGUAACGGAUCUAUCAAAAAAAAUCCAACAGCCGAGAGUGGCAAGCAAGUGAAAACAGAAGCAACCACGAAAUUAGAGAAUGUUAUUGAAGAUGGGGAACAAGUGAAAACCAGGACGACCUAUCGCAGUAUUUCAAUAGAAAGCCAACUUAAAACUGGUGAUUGUCCCUCCAAUGAUAAAGAUGUGGAUAAAAUAGAGUAUUAAUAAUUCAAAAUUCUCUUAUGCCAAUUUCAAUUAUUAGAAAUAAUAUAACGAGUAGAAUAAUCUGAUUAAGUCGAUGGAUUCCAGUGGAAUGAUAUUAUUUCAUCACCCCAUCUCCACAUCUAGGUAAGGUUUGACAUCCAAGGACAUGAAGGCAAAUAUCUUUCUUAUGAAAACGACGACCAAACAUUUUAAGAGUCUGUAUUUUUUUUUUGAAUUGCAUCAUUGCCUUGACACCCCGAUUUAGGUAACUCGUGAAUUUGGGUUAGUACUUUUACUAACGUAAUGGGCAAAUAUGCAGACAUGCUAGAGGUAAUUUGACGUGUAGAUUUUGAAAAAGAUUCGUCUUCACAAACACCACGAUCAAGAAAUCAAAGCCAGGCCUAUAGGCCUAUUUCAUUGCACUCCUAAAUUUCUAAACCGAGUCAUUUCAAACUAAAACAAGCCAGUCUGUGAUAGUAAUUAUUAGUGCUUUAUUCAGAUAUAAAAAUCUUUGUACAUUUAUUUAUUCCUGUAAAUAUCACUUAAAUAUUAAAGAAUUAUUUUGUUU